AUGGCAACCAAAAGCAAAGGCGGAUGGCAAGCGCUGGAAUCCAACCCAGAGACGAUUAAUCCAUUUCUCAAAAAAAUCGGAGUGACUGGUCUCGAGUGUGUUGACGUCUACUCAUUCGACCAGGAGAUGCUUCAAUUUAUCCCAACACCACAACUCGCUCUCAUUCUCUGUUUUCCAAGUGCAGAAGCACGUGCAUUUCUCUCGAAGCAAUACGAAGAGGUUGAGAAGAACGGAAAGAGACCAGAAGGAGUUUUCUUCAUGAAUCAAAGCGAAGAAAUUGGAAAUGCCUGUGGAACAUUCGCCCUUUUCCAUUCUCUCGCCAACCUUGAGAAUCGUGUCAAUCUCGGAAAAGGAAAAUUCGCUAAAUGGUUUGCAAAGGCCAAGCUUGUCAAGGAAGAUGAGCGUUCGGAUUUGUUGUCUGAAGACACUGAUCUUGCGGAGGCUCACGAAGAGACUGCAGAGGAAGGGGACACAGAACAACCAGAUAAUGUGGACUACCACUUCAUCACAUAUGUCAAUAAGGACGGUCAGCUCUAUGAAAUCGACUCUUGUGCGCCCUUCCCACGCCCUCUCGGAGCCACUACUGACGCCACCAUGAUCCAAGAUGCAUCGGUCGCUGUCAAAGAGCUUAUGAACAACGUCCAGAACCUCAGCUUCUCAGCUAUGGCGUUGAUUGGAAAGUAA